AUGACUCACAGGUACUAGUAUGGUUAUAAGAAGUCUUACAGUAAGUUAUUUGAGAUGAAUUGUUAGUUGAAACUCCGAAACGCUAUUAAUAUCAAUCAAUGGAUCGAUUACCAAAAUUGCCAUCGAUUACUUCUGAUGCUAAUCUUGGAAAGUAGGUCGGAAGGAAUAAUAGACAAAUUUGGGAGUUAUGAUGGAAAGUAGAAGAUUAAUUAGGAUGCUUUCAUUAUAGAGAAGAGACUUAACUUUUAUGGAGUGGCUGAUGGACAUGGAGUGAAUGGUGAACGUGUUUCUGGGUUUAUUCGGAUCACUCUACCAAAAUAUAUUGAACAAAGUCUUUUAGAUCCAAAAGAGACAUUGAUAAAAGGUGUUUUAUAGACAAAUAGUGAAUUGGUGAAUAAUUCAAAAAUUGAAACUGUCAUAGCAGGUUCAACGUUGUGUUGUGGUUUGAUCAAAUUAAAUAGAUUAUAUAUAGCAAAUGUUGGGGAUAGUAGAUGUGUUAUAGCAAAGUAAAUGGGUAAUUCUUGGUAAACCAUUGAAUUAACAAAGGAUUAAAAACCAUCUCGAGAAGAUGAGGCAAUAAGAAUAUUAAAGGCAGGUGGACGUAUAGCUGCUCAAUAAGACAUUUAUGGUAAUUAAGUGGGUCCACUUCGAGUCUGGUUAAAAACAUUGAAUGCACCAGGACUAGCUAUGACUAGGGCAAUGGGAGAUAGAUUGGGUGCAUAGGCAGGAGUGAUAGCUACACCUGAGAUCACAGAGUAUGAAUUAACAAAUGAGGACAAAAUCUUGGUAUUUGCUUCAGAUGGGAUUUGGGAAUACAUGUCUUCUCAAGAAGUAGUUUCAAUUUUGAGUUAUUGUUACGAUAAAAAUAUAAGUGCUGAAUUGGCAGCAUAAAAAUUACUAAAUUUAGCAGUGGAUGCAUGGAAAAGAAAUAGUUUAGCCAGAGAUGACAUUACUUGUGUAGUCUUAUAUUUGUGA